CGUUCUUUUGCCUCUUGGAUGUCUCCGCUUGAGUCUUAAUCUCGAACCUAUCUUACUUCACUCUCCUUGGUAGCAACUCACCUAGCAGCACUUACGAUCACUCUCAGACGAAUUAUCACCCCACUCCGCGCGCGGCCUGUACACCCUAAUUCACGCCACAGUCCCCAUCCUACGACAGUCAAACUGACGCGCUUUCACCAACACAACGUCCCCUCCACGCUUCGGAGGUCAGCUUCGCAUUUGGGAAAUACGAGACGAUACCCACCAAUCGACGCAUCGAAAAUGAAGAGACGACACUCGGACGAAGAAAAGGACACUCAUUCAAGCCCCUCUGGGUCCUCAUCUCACGGGGAGGGAGGCAUGGCCGAUACUGAGACCGACACCGGGCGUGGUCAGCCUCCAGCCGGCCCCAGUCAGGUCCCACCUCGCCAGGCCGAACAUCAACAGGAGGAUGUGCCAUCGCCACCGAAGAAGAAAAGGACGCGUACACUAACGACACCUCACCAAUCUGCCGUUUUGCACGCUUUACUUGCCCAGUCUCGUUUUCCGACGACUGCUAUGCGCGAAGAAGUCGGCCGCUCAAUCGGGUUGAGUGCUCGUAAGGUUCAGGUCUGGUUCCAGAAUCAGCGCCAGAAAGCCCGUCGUCCGCGCAGCCAGAGUACAGCAACGCCUCUUGCACGGCCUCCUCAGUACGGCCCUUACUCUUCAGCACCUUCCACAACGGAUCCGAGCGGCUCUCAGUUCGCAGCAGGGCCUUCCCACUUCGGUUCGUUCUCCUUUACCCAGUCGGGUAGCCAACAUCCCAACCCCGAUCCCGAACGAGCGUCACAGCUCUUAGACCCCACCUCGCGUCCUGAGUCUAGUGCGUAUCUCUCCGGACCUGGCGUCCCUGGGCCCUCCACGCAGCUCCAAUCCCUCUUUUAUCAUUCCCCCACUUCCCAUAGUCCAGCGCAAGCCGGACCCUUGGCUGCCCCAUGGAAUGUUGAAGGAUGGUCGCCUCACGAAAGGAGAAGCUCUGGUUCCAGUCGCGGUCGCGGACAGAGUCUCAGCCCGCAUGCCGGUAGAGGCUUUGGAAUGCAUCCACCCUCACAGGAAUACCCCAUUCAUUUACCCCCGUUGGUCUUCGACGAGUCAAUGGCGCACCGCCGAAGAGCCAGUUCUGGCUUUCCGCCUUUGCCCGCUCAUACACUUCCCUCCACGCCGUCCGCGAUGCAUCACCCCUACGAUUCUCCCUUCACACAUCACCCUCCUGGAAGCGGCUCCCUUUCGCUGCCAGGCUCUUCCUCCCACACGUCACGCACUCUCCCUCGUCUCCAUAUUCCUCCAUCGUACUCGCACACGUCUGGCUCUCAGCUGGGAGCGUCUUCGUUCUCCCCUAUCGCUUCCUUACAGUACGCGUCUAACUCCUUGCCUACCCCACCAGGCUCAGGAUCUGCACUAGAGCUAGCACGAUUUCGUCCGACAGACUCGCCCAUCGGAUGGCGAGCGCCCUCUCCUCCCCUUUCCGCUGGGCCUUCCACAUACACGUUCCGUGAUCCCGGCUCGAAUGUGUAUGAUCCACGUGUACCUUCCCCUCCCGCUCGCACGACGCGCUUUGACCCUGUGCGCGAUGCACAAACUGCGAACGACGCUGUUUCCGGCCCCUCCAGCGUUGGUACAGGUGAAGAAAGGCCCUCCACAGGCUCCCCGACUCCCCGGGCCGGCGAAGGCGACGACGAUGCUCAUGACCGAGAUCAACAACCUCAUGCCCCUUGACGAACGAGCCAGGCACCUCUGCGACACUUAGAACGUCUACACGUUGCACCCUCUACGCACCCUCAUACAACCCGCUCGCUCACGCCUUAUUUACGACGAGAACGUUAUUCCAUGCCAUCUAACAUGAAUAAUCGAGCCCGCCGCCUCUGCCGCCGUCUCUAUCUGUUCUGGUAUAAUAGUAUUCUCACUUCCGUUCUUUGCCUUGUCAUCCCUAAUCCCGUCUUUGGACUUAAUACGCUCUUUUCUCCCACUUCGGGACGUUAUUAUACUGAUUCGUGUUCAAGUUUUUUCUGUUGCCGUUCGUCUCUGUAUGUAUGCCACUCUUUUUCCAUGCAUCCAGACUCCCCGCUCUUUACUACUAUUUCUGUCGUCGUUAUCAUUAUCCCCACAUCCAUAAUUCCCUCUGUCCAUAUCCCUACUUCCCUUCCACCGUCUUCCCGUUCUAUAUCCUCACUGUCUUUCCACCGCUGACGUCAGACUCCUGGACUCCAUUUAUAAUUCCUACGCUACAUCAUAUAAUGGCCGUAUGGCCAAGUACCUUAUCCGCUGCACGUUGAACACCAACUGUUUACCAGUAAUUCCUUAAUUUCCGUUCGCCACAUUCUUUCACACGUCCGUCCUUUGGCAUCAUAUCCUUCCCUUCCUCUCCCCAAACUCCGUGUUGCUUUGUUCGGUGGCCCGUCGACUUGCACAGCUAUUGCCGACAUACCCUAAUGAUCCCUGUGUUCUCUACCGUUGGAUUUCGCCUGAAGUUGAACAUUGCUGUAUUGCCACUUUGCGUACAAUUCAUCGCCUUCUCUGUAUACAAUACGUAAUUCCACCUCACUCACUGCUUUGUUCUAUAAUACUAUUUAUCGGUCCAUCAUCGCAACUAAAUUUGAC